UUUCUCAAACCCUCGUUCUUAUCGUUCCAAUUUUGGAAACCUAAUCCCCUUUUGAUUCUCCAAACCCUAGAUUCAUUCUUUGUGCUUUUCUUCGAUGGCCGCCGCUGCUGGCGAUCUAGAUGGGAUGGACCCCGAUGGAGAGAUGACCAUGGAGGAAGUCAUCCAUGCCCUAACUGAUCAACUCGUUCUUCCCCUUCUUCCUUGUAGGAAUCCCUCCAAGGAGCCUCCGCUGAUCCCUCAGCAGGAAGCAGUCGCAAAGCAGUUGCAUGCGGUUGUAUUGCUGUACAAUUAUUAUCACCGUAAGCAGUUCCCGCAGCUUGAGUUUGUUCAAUUUGCACCAUUUUGCAAAGCUGUUAUAGUUGCAAAUCCAAGUCUUAUGAUUUAUAUGAAAUAUAUUCAUGGACGUGAAGUAGCGGAGUUAGAAGAUAUUCAGAAGAACCUUUCCAUUCUUUCCAUCACAGAGAAGGCGGUCUUGGACGCUUGCAAGAUAUGUGCAGCAUUGGAUGCUGGAAAAGAUGUUCCAUCCAUAGAGGGACUGCCAGUCUCUAAAAUUGCUCUUUUUUUGGUCAACCCUGUGAAGAAGACAUGCUUGCUUCAGUUUUCUGCUGUAACUCAAGGAGUUUGGUCCUUGCUUGAGAAAGAUGUUGAUGCACCUCUUGACAAUCUUGGCGGAUCAAAGAAUAAGAAGAAUUCUUUAGCUGAUAAUGAUAUAAGGCAGAAACUUGCAUUUUCCGCUGCUCAGAAAAUUACAGGUAUUCAUCCAUCAAAAUUGAGAAUUCUUGGAUGCCAUUUAACAUACUCACUAAGCGAGGAGAAGAGAACUACUACGCUAUAUAUAAUGGAGUAUAAUCAAGCUGUUGAUGGGGAUUUUGUAGAAGUUCCUAUUGAUGAUGUGAUGAACAGCAUAAGAGGUCCUCUAGUAAGGGCAGGUGUACCACCUGAAGUUACAACAGUUGUGGAAUACUACCAUUUGUUACCAUAUGUUCACAUUAUAUCUGAGUGGCUAUCCAGGGAUCCACCUCACAGAGGUUCCUUAGAUUUGCAAAAGCAGCAAGCAGAAGUAGAGAAGUUUCCUUUGGAGCCAGAGCCAAUUGUGAGAAGUCACGUGGUCAGCAACAAAUCUUGUAAGAACACACAAGCUAUGGUCUUGAGCAAUAAUAUCAGCAAAACUGAAACUGAAUCUAGAAAUAAGAGGAAAAAUAAUCCAUUCUAUAUGAAUGGAUCACAGGAAGCUGCUGGUAUACCCAAAAAGAAAGCUGGCAGUUUCUCUUCGAAGCUUGAUUCAUCCAACUUGCAACAGCAGCCAAUGACUUGUGGAAUGAGUCUCAAUAACAAGAAAGAAAUGAUGAAAACCCAAGUGAUAAAUGAUCAAGGCAUUCGAGGAUCCACUUUGAGUGAGUCAUCUGAAGCUUUUUCAAGACCUGAAAAUGAGGCUGAUGGACCUAUCCAGCAACCUUUUCUUCAGACCAAAGAACGCAUCAUUUCUGACAUUCAGAUGAAUAAUACUUCAGAGCAGCUAUCUUCCGAGGCCAAUGUUAGUAUUGAUUCAGAUGGAUUUAAGGACAAGGCAGAUAAAGUUGAUGUGGCUAAGAGGCUUAAUAAUGACACCAGAACUGAAGACGGAGGAUUACCAGUCCAGAAGGAUAAUGAAGGUGGAAAUUCAAUUCAAGAUAGGAUGGCUAGCAGUGGUCUUCGAAGUUCAGUUCAGGAUAGGCUGGCUACCAGUGAUCCUCGAAGUUCAGUUCGAGAUAGGUUGGCUACCAGUGAUCUUCCAAUUGUUCCUGUUGAAGGAUGCUCUGAGAAAAAUGAUAAGAGAACUAGUCUGCAGACCACCUUACGAACCUUUAAGAGAAAAAGGAAUGAAUUGUGUAAUCAGCAUCGAAUUCUUGAAGAUGAAAUUGCCAAGUGUGAGAUGAACAUUCAGAACAUAUUGAAUGGUGGGGAAGAGGAUGUUGUUUCUAAUAUGGAACCCAUAGCAGAUGCGGUUACCAUUUUAUCAUCUAGCCAAAUGAGCAUGGAUGGAUCUACUGCAUCCUCUGAAGAAGAGAGCUUUAAUGAACUUGUCAAAAGGAAGAAAUUAUCUGAGGCUGUUCUAUUUUUAAGAACCCCGUGCCAGGAGUUGGAUGAUAUCUGCAGCAAAAACAACUGGACGCUUCCUAGAUACUCUGUGUUGCCAGUUGUUUCAGGCGGGAACUUCCAAUCCACUGUAACAGUUCAAGGUGUAGAUUUUGAUUUCAUGUGCCGAGGAGAUCCCGAAGAAAAACCUCGUGACGCCCGACAAUCCGCAGCAAGUGACAUGUUGAUCAAAUUACGCAAAAUGGCAAGUCAAACAAAGUAGAUCAAUCAGCUUAGCUUCUUAUCCUCUCUGCUUACACCUUUUUGCUUGUUAGUCCAUUAGAUCCCAUUUUGAAUUCCAAAUAUAGUAUUUAUAUGAUGCCAAAGAAGCACAAAAUACCAAACUUGUUAAUCCCACAACAAUUAGUUGCUGCCAAAACUCUGAACUCAUGACUCAUUUGUUUCUUGAGAUUUAUUAAUAUGAAGUCAUCAUUUAGUCUCUGAGUUAUCA